AUGGAUGAUCUUUAUGACGAAUUUGGUAACUUCAUUGGCGAAGCCGAAGAAUCAGAGGACGAAAGCCAACAUGGCGUCGACGCCGGCGCAUACGUGUACGAUGACGAGCCGGAAGAAGCGCCAGAGGCUACAGGGCAAGAAUUGAUGGAGAUUGACGAUGAGGGUCCCUCCAAUGCCGUUGUUCUGCACGAGGACAAGCAGUACUAUCCAACCGCCCAACAAGUAUACGGAGAAGAUGUGGAAACCAUGGUGCAGGAAGAAGAUGCCCAGCCUCUCACACAGCCCAUCAUUGCGCCCGUGGAGCAGAAGAAGUUCACCAUACAAGAAGCAGAUCUCCCACCGGUCUUUUUUGAUCGGAGCUUUAUGACGGAUCUUAUGAACUACCCGGAACAAAUACGGAACAUUGCCUUUGCGGGCCAUCUACAUCAUGGCAAGACUGCCUUUAUGGAUAUGCUAGUUCUCGAGACUCACGACAUUACCGACCGAUUGGAGAAGAGGACUGGCAAGAAGAGAGACGAGCAAUUAAGAUAUACCGACGUACACCUACUGGAGCGCGAACGCGGUAUAUCCAUAAAAUCGGCACCAAUGAGCUUAGUAUUGCAGAGUACGCGGGGAAAGUCUCAUCUCCUCAAUAUUCUGGAUACGCCAGGUCACGUCAAUUUCGUGGAUGAAGUUGCUUCAUCACUGCGGUUGGUUGAUGGAGUCGUCCUGGUCGUUGAUGUCGUGGAGGGAGUUCAGGUCAAUACAGAGCAAAUCAUCAGACACGCGGUUUUAGAAGGGCUGCCCAUGGUUCUUGUCAUCAACAAGAUGGACAGAUUGAUCUUAGAGCUCAAGUUACCACCAACAGACGCUUAUUUCAAGCUCAAGCAUGUUGUCGAAGAAGUUAAUACUGUGAUCGAGAACACCCUACCUGGCCAAGGUGAGAAGAGACGGCUCAGUCCGGAGAAGGGCAACGUUCUCUUUGCGUGCACUAGUAUGGGCUGGUGCUUUACCCUGCAAUCAUUUGCAAAGAUGUACUCUGACAGCUACCCGGGGAGCAAGACUGGGAAGGGAGUGGAUGCACAAGAACUGGCCCGACGGUUAUGGGGCGACAUUUUUUUCAACCCACAAAAACGAUCAUUCACACGCAAACCUGUUGAAGAGCGGGCUAAGCGUUCCUUCGUCAGCUUCGUUCUCGAGCCGAUAUAUAAACUCUAUUCUCAUACCAUUAGUGAAAGUCCGGAGGACUUGAAGGAUACACUCGCCACACUUGGGAUAUUUCUCAAGCCAUCUCAAUACAAGACAGAUGCCAAGGUACUCUUGAAACUUGUCUGCGAGCAGUUCUUUGGUCCUUCUCAUGGAUUUGUCGAUAUGAUUGUUGACCAUAUCCCUUCCCCUGCUGAGGCGGCGCAGGCGAAGCUCCAGCGCUAUUACACCGGACCCCUAGAUACAAAUGUUGCUAAAGCGAUGGAAAAGUGCGAUCAAGAUGGUCCCUUGGUUAUCCAAAUUUCAAAGCUGUUCAAUACGAGCGAUGCUGCCGGGUUCUAUUCUUUCGGAAGAGUUAUGAGUGGCACAGCACGACCAGGUUCUCAAGUGAGAGUGCUGGGCGAGGGAUAUUCGAUAGAUGACGAAGAGGAUAUGAGCAUGGCAACUAUAUCGGAUGUGUGGAUCGCCGAAACACGCUACAACAUUCCUACAGAUGGCGUUCCUGCAGGCAACUGGGUGUUGCUAGGAGGCGUUGACAAUUCAAUUGUCAAGUCAGCUACCCUGGUUCCGCCAGUUCUGCCAGACCACGAAGAAGCUUACAUCUUCAAACCUAUUACCCAUUUCACCGAGUCGGUCUUCAAAGUGGCUGUAGAACCCAUCAACCCUUCGGAACUUCCAAAGAUGCUUGACGGUCUCAGAAAGAUCAACAAAAGCUAUCCGCUCAUAACCACCAAGGUCGAAGAAUCGGGAGAGCAUGUUAUUCUUGGAACCGGGGAACUAUACAUGGAUUGCGUGCUGCAUGAUUUACGCCGGCUAUACGCAGAGAUGGAGAUCAAAGUCUCCGACCCAGUCACACGUUUCUGUGAGACAGUGGUUGAAACAUCUGCAAUCAAGUGCUAUGCCCAAACCCCGAAUAAGAAGAACAAGAUCACGAUGGUCGCAGAGCCUCUCGACCAGGGUAUCGCGGAAGAUAUUGAGAGCGGCAAAGUUAGCAUCAAGAGCCCUACCCGCGUCAUUGGUAAGUUCUUUGAGGAGAACUAUGGCUGGGAUCUGUUGGCUUCCAGAAGCAUUUGGGCGUUUGGGCCCGACGAUAUGGGACCAAACAUCCUUCAAGACGACACUAUACCAUCCGAAGUUGACAAAAAGCUACUCCUUGGUGUUAGGGAUACCAUUCGCCAAGGGUUCAGUUGGGCGACCCGAGAAGGGCCAUUGUGUGAAGAACCAAUCCGGAACAGCAAGUUUAAGAUCACGGAUGUUACUUUGGCUACCGAAGCGAUCUUCCGGGGAGGCGGCCAGAUCAUCCCCACUUCCCGACGCGCCUGCUACUCAUCGUUCCUUAUGGCUUCCCCACGGCUAAUGGAGCCCGUCUACUCAUGCUCGAUGACGGGACCUGCAGAUUCAGUCACUUCACUGUAUACGGUACUGGCCCGUCGACGUGGGCACGUCUUAUCAGAUGGACCCAUAGCCGGGACUCCCCUCUAUCGAGUCAGCGGCCUCAUUCCUGUCAUUGACUCGUUCGGAUUCGAGACGGAUCUGCGUAUCCACACGCAAGGCCAAGCGACUGUCAGUCUAGUCUUUGACCGCUGGAGCAUUGUACCUGGGGACCCUCUAGAUAAGGAUGUGGUCCUGCGGCCGCUCGAACCCGCAAGUGCUCAAGCUACAGCACGAGAUUUUGUCCUGAAGACGAGGAGGAGAAAGGGGUUGAGUGAGGAUGUCAGCGUUGCUAAGUUCCUUGAGCCAGAGCUCUUCUCCAGCCUCAAGGAGAGUGGAUUACUGGAUGGUUAG